AGAUGUAUGCAAGCCUACAUGGUGUGAGACCACGUGGCCAGCGACAUGUGUACAAUGACCCCACACCUGCGCGCACACACAUGGACGGUACUGGUAAUGGUGGUGUGGUGGUGGAUGUUGCCAGUAGUGGCAGGUCAACUGGGACUUGUGGCACCGGGCAUGCUGCCACCUGUGGGUGGGCCUCGGGCAUCAUGGUGGUGGGCAGGUGGCGGAGCCUCGCGUAGCCUCAUCACCCAACUGGGGGAGCGCCCUCCCUCGCCACGCCGGAGUCCCUCCACCAGAGAGAGUGAAAUAGCUGCCAUCUUCAGGGGCGUAGCCUACGGUGCACCCACCCAUGCUCCCAACACCACCACCACACCCACAUCUACCACUGUGGUCUCCACCACCAGUUCCCCAGUCGUCACCACCUUCCCUUGGAGCAAGCAUCAGAUCUCUGAGGAAAGGUCAGAUGCCCCAGAUGGUAUUGUGAAGCUGGUGUGGCUCGAGCAGAGCACUGCCACACCUGGUGAGGGCGCAGCAGACAGUGAGGUGUCGUACAUCAUCCACGAGGAGAGUAAUGUGAGUGAGAGUGGGGUUGCUCCCUCCCCUUCCCCACAGGUGGAGACGCGCAACACCCCACCGCCAAGCCAGGCUCAGGCAACACACUCACCACCUCCCCAAGGUGGGUCGUCCUCAUCCCACCCCAUGGGCAGAUUAGGAGAGAAUGAGGCAGGGUGGUGGGGGGACAUGUCGGGUGUGAGGUGGAAGCUUGGGGCUGCUUGGUGGGUCCAUGUGUAUGUGUCUGCUGGUCUGCUGGCUUUGCUGGCUGCUGCUGCUGUGUGCUGCAUGGCUCGCUCUGCCUCCACAACCCUGCUACCCCGUCCACACUACCUGGCCACCCACGCACUCGUCUUCCUUGCUGCCACCCUCAGGAGCCUCCACCUCUUCCACGACCCAUACGGCGUGGAGCACCGCCUGCCACAGGUCGUGGCUGCUGCUGUGGAGGAGGCCAGUUGGCCCUGCCUCACAGCAGCACUGGCAGUGUUGGCAGUGGUUCUGGCAAAGGCCGCCCGCCGGUCCCCACCGUCACGCCCACACGCCACACUGGUGCUCACCCUUAUGACAGCACUUCAUCUGGCUGUCUCCAUCAGUGCCCACACAGCUGCCAACCUGAUGGUACAGUAUUCCCUCCCAUUGCGAGUAGUGGCACGAGCAGUGACUGCAACCUGGGGUGCCGGGGUGGGUGUGGGUGGCAUGUGGUCUGUGUGGCGGGUGGAGAAGUCUUGUGGUGGACAGAGGGGUCAGCUCUUGGCUAGGGUUACUCGCUGGGGUGGUGGCUCCAGCCGCCACUCUGGCCUCCAGCGGGGCACUCGAGUUGCCGUGGUGGCCAAUGUGGCUCAAAUAAUACUUGCUACACUACAUUUAUAUGUGCUGGUAGCUCCUUUGGUGCCUGCUGCCCAUGUUUGGGCAUGGUGGGCACGUGUGAGCUUAGCACGGGGCUUGGAACUGGUAGUGGGCAUUGGGAUUGUGGUAUCGGCGGGGCUGGUGUCCCAGGGCCGGCCCUCCACCACCCGCUGCGAUGCUGACAUCUUCUCUGUGCUUACUAGCUGUGGGAGGGAAGCAAAGAGUGGCCGGAGUGCUAACGUCUUCCCAGCUACCUCUGAAAAGAAGCAUAUUGUUGGUGGCUUCACUCAACGACCUGUUCACCAUCCAAUCAACCAUCCCCUCAAGCCUACACCCCUGGACUGGACGAGCCCAGAUCAGCCUGAUAAGCCCAAUGAUGCCCCCUCCAUCACCUCCGACUUCCAGCUCCUAUGGAACCGUGAACGGACACAGUCUGCCACAGACUUCAGGCCAGCGUCCAUGCUGGUUAAUGACAGUGGCUUUGUUAGAUUCCGCACUCAGGUGGAUCCCCAACAAGCCAUGGAUGAUGUCUUUAAGCGGUCAUCACUAAACCUCCGCAAUGGUUCAUUGUUAACAACACCGUCAGUGAAGACUCCCCGCACCUUCUCCAGCCAGACACUUCCGCCCACCAGAUACUACUGUGGUCCAGCACCUUCCCUUUCCUCCCCAGAGAGGUCCCCUAUUAGGAAGCCAAUCAGGGCCCACACUACCAGCGGGCGCCGAGCAUGCCAAGGUCUGCAGUACACACACCAAGUGCCACACCCAACCAGCCAGCACCUGACAAUGCCCGGUGUCUCGUCCAAUAAGUACAAUGUGCAUACGUUUGAUGACUAUGAGGUAGCUUCCUACUACCACCACCGCUCUGACAGCAUUUCUGGCAGCAGCAACCUUUACUCUACACCGCACCAUGUCUCCCCUCCUCACUACCUCAAGCUGCAGCAGCAGCAGAUUCCAGGCAUACAUCGUGGGCGGCAGGUGCAGCAGGAUGCUGGCGUGCACCAUGGACGGCUGGUUCCUCAGGACGCAGCACACACUUCUCAGCCCUCCGACGCCAUGGAGCCCAGCACCUGCUCCUCACUCUCGGAGAUUCAUGUUGACUACCUCACUGAUGUUUCUUCCUCCAACGAUGCUGUCAGCUUGGGGUCCCUUCCCUACCCCUACCAACCCUCACGUCGCCAAAACCAUCACCUGCUUACCCUUCCCCUUACACCUGCUCAUAGAUCUCACCUCAAUCCCAGAAACAUUCAUCCCACCCCUACUCACUGCAUGCCGACGAGACCAGCCACUCCCGAGGACAGCCAUCAACUGGAUGUAACACCAGACUCUGCUGUAGUAGUUGACUACACCUCUGCUGAGGAGGAGGAGAGAGUAGUGCAGACAGGUGAGAGUGAGGUCAAGGUGGGUGGUCGUGCAGGGCUGCUCAGCAAGCUGGUGGGUAGCAGUAUGGGAGUCACCUGCUAUGGGUACUCCCCCCUCGACGUAGACGAUACAUCUUCUCCUUCGCAGGAGACUCCAUCCGUCGCUCCUCCACUUCCACCAUCACCUACAGUUCGUCGGGCAGCCUCUUCUACCCAUCUCCACCACACGCCGAGGACCUCCACGCUACCUCGACCUCCAGAUACCAUUACCUCACUUUGAAAGACCUCACUGUUCUCUCCACGCACGUUGGAAUGAGCAUUCCUCUACCUCUUAGCACCCCCUUCACUUCAUAUCUCCCUGUACAUAGAUCAUGACUCCUUCAUCACUCUUCUGUCACCCAUCCACGACACCCAUUUCACCCUCCCUAAAGUGGCAGAGAUAGAUAUAGCCACUCCAUGGGAGAUGGGUUCUGUACCGGCCUGUAAUGCCCUGUGACGAGAAAUGUAUGAUGACCUGUAAUGACUUAAGUUUGGUUCAGCCUUGUAGUGUUGAAGUUAUGACAUCUGAUAUUGAUAAUUUGUGAUGAUCUGCAUUGUGAAAUUUGUGACUGACUGUAAUGAGCAUGCCAUAUCACCCUAUAUCUUCUAUGUUAGGAUGAUCAGCAUCUUGCUGAAUAUUGUUUGGCCAAUUGCAGUUGUUGAGGCUGGCAGCCUGCAUGGUCAGGAUAUAUAAUCUGUCAGAUAUACAGUUAAAGUGAACUGUGAUAAGUGUUCUCUAUUUUUGUAAGUGUAGGUUAUAUGCCCGAUGUCGACCCCCCUUUAUGCCCCCCAGUGUCGACUCCAUCUGUGUCACCAGUGUCGACCCCAUCUGUGCCACCAGUGUCGACUCCAUCUGUGUCACCAGUGUCAACCCCACCUUUUAUGCCACCAGUGUCGACCCCAUCUGUGCCACCAGUGUCGACUCCAUCUGUGCCACCAGUGUCGCCUCCAUCUGUGCCACCAGUGUCGACUCCAUCUGUGUCACCAGUGUCGACCCACUAAUCCGCCCUAUCAACACCACAUGUGGGCCCUUUCUAUGCAAUCCUGUCAAGUCCCUCUACACCACCUUUUCAUCCCCACUCUGCCACAAGAAUCUAGCCCUCUACUCCACCCAUAUCAACUAUCUCUACUCCACCCAUGUCGACAAAUCAUCAACAAUGAUAUCUAGUCACAGGAGA